UACAAGAUAGUACGAGAUUGCAACGAACAAACAUACAGAAAAUCAGGAAUUUCUGGUAAAAGAGUAUCAAAAUUCUCAUGCCUGAAGCUGAUCUCUCUGGAAAUGAGCACGAGAAUAAGAACAUGGAUCCAAACCCGAACCAGAGUGCCGAUUUCGCCACAUUCCUCCACAUCACCAACUCAACCAUCCUUUCCCAGAGAGACGGGGCAGUCGUACAUAGCAAGAUGGGCUUUUGCUUAUUUCUCAUUUGUGAUGAUCCUAAAAAUUUGUGGGCCAAAAGUCCGGCUAGUCACCCGGACUAUCCCCCGAGUUCGCUCAUGCUUCCUCAAGCUCCAGCCCUUCGGCCAUGUCCCCGCCUUCAAGGACCACCUUACCACCGUCUUUGGGUCAAGGGCUAAUUGCCGCUACAUAUGCGAUCAAUACGCUGAACGUGGUAACCAGAUCCUCCUUGGCAAGAAAGAAGAUGGCGCAGUUGGCCGUGCUGCCAUUGAACAAUGGAUAGAGGCUGAAGGCCAGAGCUUUAAUCCACCGAGCUUGGCAAUUAUCUUCCAGCUUGCAUUUGUGCCAAUGAUGGGCAGGGCCACUGACAUGGCUAUGGUUGAGCAGAAUGAAGUGAAGCUCGCUAAGGUGCUUGACGUGUAUGAGCAGCGGCUGGGGGAGAGCCAGUACUUUGCCGGUGAUGAGUUCUCCUUGGCAGACCUUGUGCACUUGCCCAAUGCACAUUUUCUUGUGAACAGGACCAACAAGGCAGGGUUGAUCACUGAAAGAAAGAAUCUGGCUAGGUGGUGGGAUGAUGUCUCGGCACGUCCUGCGUGGAAGAAGGUUGUUGAGUUGCAGAACCAACCAAAGACCUCUUGAGUCUCCCUUAUCUUCUGUUUGAGCGGCUUGUACUGGCAAUUAGUUGCAUUCAUCUUGUUCUGCUAUCCAUAUUUGUGGUAUUGUUGAUUCAAUAUAUGGUUGAAUCUGUUCCUCUGGUCCUUGAGUGAUUCUAUGUUUGUACAAUUAUCUUUAGUUGGUUUAGUCAUAUCCUUAUUUGGUUUAGUCAUUCAGAUAGUGCAAAUGCAGUAAUUCAGGAGCUGGAUUCCAAAGACUGAUGAUUCUAUCCUCCCUGGUCUCCCUAACAUGCAACUAGUGAAUCAACAUAUUCUGUAUCUAUGCAUUAGCAAAAAUAUGGUGCACUAUUCUGUUACUUCGAGUGGGUUAUUGUAGCUACCUAUUUACAUAUAGUCCCAGAUUUUCAGCUGAUGUUGGAGUUGAGUGCCACAUAUGCAAGGUGGUGCAAGAGUGGAAAUGUUGUGGUUUGU